AUGGCUUCCACAACUGAUGUCGAGGCGGAGGCGCUACAAAAGAAACUGCGCUCGGCCCUUUGGUUCCAAAUCGGCAAGAUCGUCGACGAAGAGAGCAUCAAUCUUGGUGUCAAUGCAACUCCGCAGUUCAUCGGAAGUCUGAUGGAGCUGGUUUGGGCGCAAAUCGGAAACGCGGCUAUCGAUCUCGAAGCGUUCGCCAAACAUGCUGGACGGAACACAAUCAAGCCAGACGACGUCAUGCUCUUGACCCGGCGCAAUGAGGGUCUGGAGCAGAUUCUCCGACAGGAGCUUCGGAGACUCGAGGCAGAGAAGAAGAAGAAUAAGAAAAACCAAAAUAAGAAUGACGGACAGACGACAUGA